UAGUUUAAAGGUUCCUAGGAGACAUUUAAAAGUUUCAAAACACUUCACACGGGCCUUAACAGUCCCGGAAAUUUUUGGACGCCCCCGAGUCCUUCUUCGGGUAGGGCCCCAAUGAUGGUAAUACACAAAAUUUGAUCCAAGAGUCCCCUAGGUAAAAUUUUAUAUUCGUGGUACAUGAAGUUUACAGGAAUUGGAAAUUGUCCGAGAUGUGUAGCAAGAUUACGUUCCACCCAGAGUGUACUGGAUGCAUACGGCUUCACCUUUCCUGAAGUCAAGGUGUGUCUUUGUUGAUAAUAAAUUAAUUACUUCAUAGAUAAAGGCGCGGCUUAUAUCACGGAAUGCAGGCGUAUUUUAGUUUGCAACUCCACCUGAUUUUCUUCCUGCAGAGCUGCCGCUUCAGCACCGAAAAGGCGAAAGCGACAAUAGAAUCGUUUUUCACCUACAGAGCCCACUGGACCGAAUUCUUCAGAGACAGGGAUCCCACUCUGCCUCAGCUGCGUGCACAGCUCGAAGUCGCGGGGUUUCUGCCUUUACCAAAGAAAACAACUCACGGUCACCAGAUCAUCCUGUUUAGAUUCCUCAAUACCGAUCCAAGCCGUUUUGAUGUGAACGCGCAGAUCAAGCUCUUCGACAUGUGCGUCACGCAAUGGUUGAUGAAGAACGGCACGUGCGAAGGAUUCGCGGUCGUGUGCGACCUGAAGGGAGUCGUCCUCGGACAUAUACUCAGAGCGAACCUCACUUCGAUUAAAAGAGGGAUAAUGUACGUUCAGGAGGCGCUUUUUACCCGACUGAUAAGUAUCCACCUGGUGAACGCCGGCUCUUAUAUGGAUCGAAUAAUGAGCAUGAUCAGACCGUUUCUGAAUGAGGAGCUGAUUAACAUGGUACAUUGCCACCAGAACUUCACUCUGCCGAAAGAUAUUCCAGUGGAGUGCCUGCCAAGUGACUACGGAAGCUUGCAGCCGUCCUUUCAGGAGCUGCAGGACGCCAACAUUAAAAGGCUGAUGGACUAUGCGGAGUACUUCAGGAAUGAGGAUACGUACAUUGCGGAUGAAACCAAAAGAGCAGUAGGAUCAGUGAAGACCACUGACAUUUUUGGAGUUGAAGGCUCCUUUAAAAAAUUAGACAUUGAUUAACUACUGCGCUUGGAAAGUCCGUGAGCUUGACAUUUGAAAUACGUUUCAGGACUUGUAAAAAUUUUCGAGUUUAAUUUUAAGAAGAUCUUUGUAAUACGUUUCAGAACAAAAAUUUACUUAGCUUUUUUACUGUCUUGCUCUACAGUUAUACCCAAACCACCUGCGAUAUCAUACAGGCAA